AUGUCUGGAGGCGCGGAAGCGAACCUGGAACUAGGUCUUGCCGUAAACCUAGACAGCCACCGCGUAAUUCUCGAUGCCUUGCGCCAAGAAGCAUCUCCGCAUCGCGGAUCUGUUGUGGUAUUCCCCAGCUCGUUGGCAGUCUACGGUCCUGCAGCACCGGGACAGAUCAACACCGAGACAACUUGCCCGGUACCCCAGUCUUCGUACGGCGCCCAGAAGCUGAUAAUCGAGACGCUUCUGGGAGAUUACUCACGCCGUGGGCUGCUAGAUGGGCGGAUUGUGCGGUUACCUACCAUCAUCGUACGUCCAGGCGCCCCAAGCGCGGCGGCUUCCUCCUUUGCUUCGGGCAUUGUGAGGAGUCGCCAAGGGCGAGCGGAAAACAUCUUACCAGUGGGACCGGAACUACCCAUGGGUGUGCUCUCCGAAGACGGUGGUCAAGAACUGGUGGAUGUCAAGAGCAUUCCUCAUGAGAAGUUUGGGAUUUCUAGAGUUCUGAAUUUGCCCGGCGUUACUGUCACCGUGGCGGACAUCCUGAAUGCGCUAGAGGUUGUCGGAGGUACAGAGGCUAGGAAACUGGUGCGCGAAGAGAGAAGCCCGCAGAUUGAGGCGAUCGUCGGUAGUUGGCCGGCUUAUUUCGAUGUUUCGAAGGCCCUUGGCCUCGGCCUUUCUCAGGAUGGGGAUCUGAUAACCACAGUCAAGGACUUUGCAGAGCGCCUUCGGGCCGGUGUUUAG